CCAGAGCGAGAUGAAGAGAAGUAGAACUGAAAUCGUGUGAGAGCAGAGAGCUGUCAUGAAGUAGAACAGCUGGGCUUUUAAAGGGACUGGACCGGACUGGACUGCGUGCCCACGAUCACACUACACUGAGGAGGGAGAGGUCAGGAUGGCAGGCAUUGGGUCAAGUGCCACGGCUAACCCUGCCUGUAAGAUCAUGACCUUCAGACCUACCAUGGAGGAGUUUAAAGACUUCAACCAGUACCUGGUUUAUAUGGAGUCUCAGGGAGCUCAUCGUGCAGGACUGGCCAAGGUCAUUCCACCUAAGGACUGGAAGCCACGGCGUAAUUACGAUGACAUUGACGAUUUCAUCAUCCAAGCUCCUAUUCAGCAGAUGGUCGCUGGCCAAUCAGGACUCUUCACCCAGUACAACAUCCAGAAGAAACCGCUUACUGUGCAAGACUUCCGCAGACUGGCCAACAGUGACAUGUACUGCACACCUCGCUACCUGAACUAUGAAGAUCUGGAGAGGAAGUACUGGAAGAAUCUGACCUUCGUCUCGCCCAUCUAUGGUGCUGAUGUGAGCGGCACGCUCUAUGAUGAGGACAUUGAAGAGUGGAACAUCGGGCACUUGAACUCAAUCUUGGAUGUGAUUGAGGAGGAUUGUGGAGUGUCCAUUCAGGGCGUAAACACACCCUAUCUGUACUUUGGAAUGUGGAAGACCAGCUUCUCCUGGCACACGGAGGACAUGGACCUCUACAGCAUUAAUUACCUGCACUUUGGGGAGCCCAAAUCCUGGUAUGCCAUCCCUCCAGAACAUGGGAAGAGAUUGGAGCGUCUUGCUAUAGGUUUCUUUCCUAACAGCUUUAAAAGCUGCGAGGCCUUCCUAAGACACAAGAUGACACUGAUAUCCCCCUCUGUACUGAAGAAAUACAGCAUACCAUUUGACAAGAUAACGCAGGAAGCGGGGGAGUUUAUGAUCACAUUUCCGUAUGGUUACCACGCUGGCUUCAACCACGGCUUCAACUGUGCCGAAUCCACCAAUUUCGCAAGCAUCCGGUGGAUCGAUUAUGGAAAAGUUGCUACGCAGUGUACAUGCAGCAAGGACAUGGUGAAGAUCUCCAUGGAUCCGUUUGUCAGACGAUUCCAGCCGGAUCGCUAUCAGGCCUGGACACAAGGAAAAGACUCAUGUCCAUUGGAUCACACCCUGGCCACACCGAGCACCACACCAGAGCUGCAGAGCUGGCUUCAGAGGCGGCGCAGGAAAGCUCCCGCCACCACAAGUGUCCAUUAUCCACGCAGAUCCUCCAAACGACUGAAGACUGAGGACACUGCACCAGUGAAGGGGGGCAGUCGGAGGAGUAGAGGGGCAGCUUUAACAUCAAAAGACAAGGAUAAAGAAGAUCCAGUGAAACACCAGAAAGAAUCGCAGAACUCAGGCCAAUUAAAAGGGCUCACCGGUCCAUGUCGACAAAUGUGUGUUGUUAAAGUAACAAGAGUGGAGAAUGACUUGCUAGCCCACUCCUCUAGACAAGUCAAAGAUGCUUCCCCUGAGCGACUCUCGACCCCUGCCACAUCCGAUCCAGGUCACUCAAGCUCCCAGACGUCUUCAGAUUUCGAUGAAGAUCAAGUAUCCUCAAACACAAGCUCUACCGCACAGCCUGGACCUGAACCGACCUCAGAGAGUGACGUCACUGUGGAUGUGACUCUGGACUCAGAAAGAACUACUGAAAGCCCUUAUCAAACAUCAAACUGUGAAUCUGCCCCAGAAACAAGUGCUUCUUCUAUUCCUGUGACACAUGGGUCGAGACCUAACUCCACUGGUGAUGUGGUUUUAUUUUUGGAAGCUGAUUCCCAACAAGCUAAAAUUGAAACAGAAGAGGCAGUCACCGAAAGCAGCAUCGAUUGCGGCACAUCAGCACUUUACAAGGAGCAAAGCUCGAUCCGUCUAGACUCGGCUCAGGAUUCAGAAACCUCAGAGAACCGAACGAACCCUGAAAUCCAGACUACUCAGUUUUGUGAGAUGCCUCUUUUAAUGCCCGAGCUCUCAGAAGAGAGAGUCGAUCCUCAAUCCCUCGCACCUGAAAUGCCCUCGCUGACUCUCGCCGUCCGACCCGACACUACAAAUCACAAUCCGAACGACAGUGCACCCGUUCUCCAUCUGGAAAAAUCACACUCGCCUCCUGUUAUAACAGAGGAUGCGGCGACUUGGUCUGAAACAGCUUGUCACGACUGGCCCUUCGUUGCACCCCAAGAAUGCGUAAACCAAUCACAAAACACAAUCACAGACAGCUUUAUAACAAAACCAUCAUGUCCUUCCUUGGUUCCGGAAUGGGGGCCACCAGAGGAGUCCAGACAUGAACACACAUGCCCAUCUACAGACCAAAACACUCCAAAUGAGUCCGUUUCGCAGUUUAAAAUGACCAAUCAUAGUAUCUUGCAAUGUUCUACCAUAGCAAACAUGGAUUUAAUAGACACUCGGGACUCUGAAAUGACCGAUAACUCAGUCGGAAGAAAUCUCGAAGAGCAGUCAAGCUCUCAAACAUCCUUCAUGGAGUCCAAAACCUUCACUAUUUGGAAAAACCUCAGCUCCCAGAAUCCCGCGGUGCUCAUUGAGAGCCUGCAGCCCGAGCUGGUAAUGGGUCUUACCACAGGUGGAAGCAGUCUCACAGACUAUGCUCAUGAAUCGCUGCCUUACACCAUGUGGUCCGAAUCAGGGUGCCAACAAGAAAAGUUCCCUGACUCUCCAAACUCUUCUUCAUGCACUCAAACCUGGACCAACCUGGAGCCCAUCCCUAUGCAGUGCUCAGGUGCAGACGUGGAUCCAAACGCACCCCCAGAUCUGAGGCAGCAGAACGUGGAGUUGGAACCAGCUGAAGCGUGUGUGCUCGGUCAGCAGGCAGGCUCUCAGGAACCUCAGGAGGAAGAGUUCAAAGGUCAGGAGUAUUACGAAGGUGCCAAGUCAGAGCAUGAUGGGUCUGUGAGCGACUCGGAUUCGUGUGAAUCAGGAGAUAAAGGUGCUGACAGCAGCAGUGAAUCCAGUGAGGAGAAUGCCACGAGUGACCCUGAGUAUGUGGAGACGGGUCUGGAGCCUGGGGAAGUCUGUACAUAUCAAAUGCAAACUGUUAAGAAGACAACGAAGAGCUGGCGUCACCCCCUCAGAAAGCCCACAGCAAGAGCAGUGCCAAGUGCUGUGAAACAGCAGGCUGCCAGCGAUGAUGAGACUGUAGAGGAAGGUGCGACUGAAGAAGAGGACCCGGAAACUGAGGAAUGGGCAAAGCCUUUAGUGCAUCUGUGGCAACACAGAAAAGCUCAUCUUCAGUACGAACGAGAGUAUAAUAUGACUGCAGCUCAAACCGCUCCACACUGUGCUGUCUGCACCCUUUUCCUGCCAUACUGUCAGCCUGAUAAUUUAGAGGAGCGAAGGCAUGAUGUCUUGACGAGGGCUGCUACAGAGUCUCAGGGGUCAUGUUCUCAGGAGACGAGCUUUAGAUCACGACCUCUGAUCCCUGAAAUCUGCUUUGCGUACCAGGAGGGCCCAUGUCCCUUGAACACACUGUUGGAGGAGGAUGGAUCCAGUCCUCUUGUGGCCUGCGAUAGCUGCUGUGUUCAAGUUCAUGCCAGUUGCUACGGUGUUGCUGCUCAUGAUGUCGGCCCAGAGUGGACAUGUGACCGAUGUGUGAGCGCAGACCUGGCAGCUGGAUGCUGUUUGUGUAACCUGAGGGGAGGUGCAUUAAAAAGAACCUCUGAUGACAGAUGGGCCCAUGUGAUGUGUGCUGUGGGUCUCCCUGAGGUCAAGUUCAUUGAUGUGGUGAAGAGAGCUCCUAUUGACAUCAGUGCCAUACCUGUGCAGAGAUAUAAACUGAAGUGUAUAUAUUGCCGGAACAGGAUAAAGAAGCUGUCUGGCGCGUGUAUUCAGUGCUCAUGUGGUCGUUGCCCGACCUCUUUUCAUGUCACCUGUGCACACGCAGCUGGAGUUCCCAUGGAGCCUGAUGAUUGGCCGUAUGUGGUUUUCAUCACCUGUCACAGGCACCAGUCACGGAGCUCCAGUGCUGAUUAUUUACUGAAUAGAAAGUCUUCACAGUCACUUAAAACUAAACUUUUGAACAGUAGUAAAUCGAAAGUUAGCAAAAGUGAAUUAGAAGUGGGCCAGACGGUGAUCUCCAAACACAAAAAUCUUCGUUACUACAGCUCACGCGUGACCCAGGUCACGGCCCACACAUUCUAUGAGGUUAUGUUCGAUGAUGGCUCAUUCAGCAACGAUACAUUCCCUGAAGACAUUGUGAGCAGAGAUUGUGCCCAGCUUGGGCCUCCUGAAGUGGGGGAAGCUGUUCAGGUGAAGUGGCCCGAUGGACUUUUUUAUGGAGCAAAGUACCUUGGCUCGAACACUUCAUAUAUGUACCAGGUGGAAUUUGAAGAUGGAUCCCAAGUGUUGGCAAAGAGAGAGGACAUUUACACACUGGAUGAAGACCUGCCCAAAAAGGUCAAAGGUCGUCUGUCCACGGCGUCCAGCAUGCGUUUCCAGGAUGCGUUCUUCACCACACAAGGUGAAAGGAAAAGGCGACGCACACCGAAUUCUCGCUUCCAGACGGAUUAUAUCGCCCAUAUUAGCCCUCGAACCUUUGCCAGGAUCCCAGAGACACGCAGUAAAGCAAACUAAUGGAGGAAUGCAGAGCUCUUAAGUAUAAAAGGGGGUUGUACAUCAGUGAGAUCAUGAUUUUUAAAAGUGACAGAAAUAAUGUGGUCUCGUAUGUCAGGGACAAGAAUGUUUUUUCUAAAUUAGAAGAUUUUCCUGUUAUAUUUCAGAGGUUUUUCUAGCCUCAUAUGAUAUUCUGUAGCAUCGCAAUCUUGUAAUUUCCUCCCCAACACUGCUGAGACUAAUUUAAUCUGCAUGCUUGUUUUGUAAAUGAUUCGUCUUGUGCACCAUUCUUAGUCACUGACGCUAUUAGCAUUAAGCUUAAAAUGGUAUAAAUGCCAAAUAAAAAAAAGUUGCUACUGAUGUCCAGCAAAGCACAUGUCACCUUUUACUUUAAAUCUUGAUCGUUUUAUUUAUUCUUCCUUUUCUAUGUGAUGCUUACAGCUGUUGAAAAGAUUAAAGAGAUUGCUUUAUGA